AUAUUUCAGAUUUUCAGCUUCACUACCAGUCUCCAGUGAAACGUCGCGCGGGCAGGACGUCUGAUCCCCGACCGCACCGUUCCCACUCGUUCGAUAAAACAUCCCGAUUAUUAAUAUUCAAAGUUUAUCAUUGAUUCAAAUUAUUCCGAUUGAUAGUUAUUGUGAAUUAAUUUGACUUCGAAGUGAACUUCAAACUUUUUUUUAUUUCUUUUUUUAGGUCAAAAUUCUUAGUGUUUCUAAAGUGGUGGUGACGAGUUAAUGAAUGUUGACUAUGUUCUCUGAUUGAUGUGAUUAAACAUGAAGAUAAGAAGAGUAUCAGAAGACAAUCGAGUGGCCGUUGACAACUUAUGAUGGUGUUGAUGCCAGUUCUAAGUGUGUUGUAUUAUGUUUGAUAACAAAAACCAAAGUCUGAAUACAGUGUACAUCAGAUGAUCUAAAUGCCUUAUUUAAGAGAAGCUUGCGCUGCCUUCAGGCGCCGACUAUGUUUGACUCGACCAAAGGCGCACUACUCGUAGCGCCAUCUUUGUCGAACAGCUCCUGUUGGCUAAACGGCAAGGGUUGGCCCUCUACAUUUCCAGCACCAGCUGACAUAUUAAAGGCAUUUUUCAUAUUCGCUCUUUCUAUGUCCAUUGUUUUUGGAAACUUGGUCCUUAUCUGCGUGUUAAAUAACAGGAGGUACAUCAAGUAUAUUGACAAUCAGCCAAGAUACUUACUGACCUCGCUCGCACUGAACGAUUUAUUCACGGGAAUCUUGAUAGCUCCUGUCGCCCUGCUCCCAGCUUUGUACAAGUGCUGGCCAUACGGGGAGAUAUUCUGCCAAAUACAGGCUUUGUUGCGAGGGGCUGUGAGUCAACAGAGUGCGGUUAUUCUGGUCUGCAUGGCUAUCGACAGAUAUUUGUACUUGUUGCAUCCGGACACCUAUCACAAACAUUCGAGUAAAAAGGGUUGCGUCUUAGUUAUAAGUAUAACGUGGAUACUGUCAGUAUCACUAUUCGCGAUCAUGGUGCUACCGCGAUCUGGAUAUUACUUCAACUCAACUGGACUUAUGGCUUGUGAUGUCUUUCAUAGCAGAGUGGCUUUUAGGAUUUUAUCAUGCUGUGCCUAUUACUUCCCGACAACUAUGGCUUUGAUGUACUGCUAUGGGUCAGGGUUCCAUGUCAGCAAAACUAGAGGGAAAUGUGACCCUGAGCCUUUGAGGCCUAAUGGAGUACCUGUGCCUUGUGCGAAGACAUCACAUGGAGAACAUGAAGUUGUGAUUCAAGCGCCAGUGAGACCGCAUAGCGUGAGCACAUCACGAACGAUGGCAGCAAUGUCAUUAGGUUUCAUCGUUAUGGUCACUCCAGCUACUAUACAGGAAGUGGUUGCGGCCUGUACCGGCUGCAAGGUUCCGCCUUCUUUGGAUUUCAUAGUGACGUGGUUGGCGUUGAGUUUGUUGCCGAAGAUCAAAAUCUUACCCAAGCUACGAGAAACCUACAACAGGAUGUUGUGGUUCUCCCGUUACAUCAGACGGACUACACUCCAAAGGAGAUUUGAAGGACUCGGUGAAAAAUAUUGGGGCGAGAUAUUAGAACGUACUGUAUCAUCGUCCUCACUGCAUGCUAUUCAGAAAGCGUGCCAUCGAGAUCCACUUCGAUGUUCCGGCUCUUUCAAAGGCUGCUCAAGUAGUGCUUGUAAACAAGACCCCAGAUUCUUUGAUGGCUAUGGCCCCACAGAUUACAGACAGCUCGACAGAUCAGCUUUUCAAAUGAAUCCUGUUCACGUCAAUGCAGACUGAAGAACUCAGACAUGUGUCUAUUUAGACCAAGCCCUGGCUUGGAGUGUGGUCGUUCUCGUUCAAACUUGAGCUUGGAUGAGGGCAACUUCAACAAGACUUGUAAUGGUAGGCAUCCGGAAUUGUGAGAGUUCCGAAACUGUCCGGUUUUCGGGCAUAGAAGUAAUAGUAUAAGUAUGUAUCCCGGAGUGGAACAUUUUAAUUCAAAUAUAAGUGGAAGUUUGAUGAUUCGCCGGGUGUUGACGACGACAUGCAACAUUUAGAACAUAAUCUUGAUAGAAUACGCAGUUUAAGUCAUGAGAGAAGUUUCAACGCUUAUGGACUAAAAGAAAAUGAUAAUUUGUUGGAAGUGGAAGUGAAUGACAUAGGGGAAGAUGAUUCAGAUGAAAUCAAAGACUAUGGAAACGGUUGUGCUCAUGACAUUCAUGAUGAAAAAAGUGAAUAUAGUGCUCAUAAGUUUUCUCGUAAUUCGUCAGUGUCUAAUAGGGAACUAGAUGUCAUCAAAGAGAGCUCCAGGAGCUCGAGUGAUACUGAAGUGACGUUGACUCGAUGACUUCCGAGGGUAACCUUUGAUAAAGCCGUGAAUGUUGUUCAUUUGGAUUUAUCCCCGGAACAUAGACACUAUUGUAAGCAAAAGUGUAUAUUGUCAAUAAAAGACAUCCUUAGUUGUUUGAUGUUUAGAAGAGAAAUAUUAGUUUUAAGUACAUGUGGACCAGUAGCUUCGGGUCUGAUUUCUGUAAUUGAUUCAAUAGGGUGUGAAUGUGAACGGACUUUGAAAACAAAUGUGCCAAGAUAGACGUAGAAUAUUGUGUCUCUAUCUACCUCUUUGAGAGGCACGAAUGUAUGUGUAAAUAAUUUUCCCAGAAUGAUAGUAUACUGUAUUACGUAAAUAUUUAUACUACGUAUGAAUAGAUACAGAGUGUUAAAGUUUUAGUAUCAAAGCAGGUAAAGGAAGUUUUGUAUUUUUUGUAAUAGUCGAAUCGGAGAAUUAUGCAAUUAUACAUAACUAUUAUAAUGAAAGAGAUUUUGUGUAUUUCUAAUUUUAAUGUCUUAUAAAUUAGUUAAACUAUCUACUGUAUUUCUUUGUGACUUCAUGUAUUAACAUUUCACUAAUACCCAAUGUGAAUUUAUUCUGUAUGUAAAUAAUAAUAAGACUGUUUGAAGGGAAAUUCUUAAAGUUAUUCAGAUCGCACAAUACUUUUCUUCUAUACAUAAUAAAGUAAUAAUUAAAAACAUUGUUGAUGUCUACUUAAAUGUUAAAUCAGCAAAUGGAAAGGAAAUAAAUUG